AUGGAGGGAGUCACUGGACAUGUGUUCCGUUCCGUUAGUGUGCCAGUGUUUACUGAUGAUGAAUUGAAGGCCUCUGUGAUGUUUCAUAAACCAACAGUGAAAAGGCUUGUUCCAGCAAAAUUAGAAAUAACUGAACCAAAGACUGUAGAAACACCCCUCAAGAAAGAUGUAGCGGUACAAACCAAUGUGAAUAUGAAUGUACCACCUAAAGUGGAGAAUUCAAAAAUGGACAUGUACACCUCAACCCCUUCGGCAAAGAAACAACCACAAUCCAGUAUAUCAUGUUAUACAUGGCUAUCAUCUAUAUCAGCUGGAUGGCAUCCACCCUCUUCCAUGAAAAAUGUCACUAAAAUUGAAAAGAACCAACCUCCAUCAGCUUUACCAGACACAUCAAAAUUAUCACCCCAGAUUUCUUUGCCGUAUAAAAUAAAAACUAUUCAUGAUUUUGUUCAUGUGCCAAAUGUGGAAGAUAUUGUCAAAAAGAUGAAUGAAAAACUUUCUAAAGUCAAAGAAAAUCAGACUUUACGCCCAACACACAUGACCGGUAAAGAAUCUGACAAGAAAAUUAUGCCAAAAGCCAUGACGUUAUUGUUAGCAAGACCGCAUCCUCCUUAUGAACAAAAAGACAAAGAGGAAAAAAAGGAUUGCCAGAAAGAAAAAAACACAAGCAAUGAGGAAGCUGUGAGAGAAAAACCAAUUGAAGGCCGAACCAAAGAAUUCCCAACAUGCAAACAUGAGCUGCUAGGACAAGAUCUCACCACAACUAGUGGUUGUGUGAAGCCAGAGGAACUAGAACAACAGUCUUCAGAAACAUCUGAAAAGGACAUAUCCAAAGAGGAAGAGAUUGAUAAUGAAGACAAAACCGAAAGUCGUGAGGACUCUUCCAAUGACAUAUUUGCAUCAGAUAUUAAAACUUCAUCUAUCAAACACAAAACGUCUUCUAUAACUGCUAUGGGACAGCCUCAAGAGCUGGUGUUGGUGCAAGCCAAAACUGGGGAGGUUGAUAAAGAGAAAAAAAUCUAUUUUAAUGACAAUGUGAAAGUUGAUAGACAAAAUGAUCCAACAGCAGAAGGUUCCAGGUUUACUUCUAGCAACAGAACUAUUGACAUUGAUCAAGACAUAGCAACACCUGCUGGAAUGACCACUCCUAAUAAUAGCAACCAACAUGAAGUGAAGGCUACUAUCACAUCUUUUCAGGGUCCUGAGGUACCCUCAGUCCAUAAGAAACAAAGCAAUCCUACAGCUCCUUUGAGCAAUACAUGUCCACAGCGUUGCUCUAUUCCAAAGACGGCUGACAUUAAUACUUUCACUGCUUCCAGAAGUGACUUUGGAAGACAGGAGGAAGAAGAUCAGAGAGUCACUCGACAUGUGUUCCAUCCCAUUAGCGUGCCAGUGUUUACUGAUGAUGAAUUGAAGGCAUCUAUGAUGUUUCAUAAACCAAAAGUGAAAAGGCUUUUUCCAACAAAAUUAGCAAUGACUCCACCAAAGACUGUAGAAAUUACAGAAGCAUCCUCGGAACCAAAUGAUAAAACAACCCCUGAUGUGAAUGGAGACACGACAUUCCAGAAUUCAAAAAUGGACAAACUCACCUCAACUCUUAUGGCAAAGAAAGAACCACAAUCUGAUAUAUCACGUUAUAUAUGCCUAUCAUCUAUAUCAGCUGGGUGGCAUUCACCUUCUCCCAUUAAAAAUAUCACUGAAAUUGAAAAGAGACAACUUCCAUCAGCUUUACCAGACACAUUAAAAUUAUCACACCAGAUUUCUUUGCCGUAUAAAGUAAAAACUAUUCAUGAUUUUGUUCAUGUGCCAAAUGUGGAAGAUAUUGUCAAGAAGAUGAAUGAAAAACUUUCUAACGUCAAAGAAAAUCAGGCUUUAAGCCCAACACACAUGACCGGUAAAAAAUAUGACAAGAAAAUUAUGCCAAAGGCCAUGAAGUUCUUGUUAGCAAGACCGCAUCCCCCUUACGAACAAAAAGACAAAGAGGAAAAAAAGGAUUGCCAGAAAGAAAAAAAACCGAGCAAUGAGGAUGCUAUGACAGAAAAAUCAAUUGAAGGCCAAACCAAAGAAUUCCCAACAUAUAAACAUGAGCUGCUAGGAAAAUAUCGGACGAAAACAGGAGAUUGGGAGCAGCCUGAGGACCUAGAACAACAGUUUGAAGUACCUGAUUUCCACAUGUAUGAAAAUAAGAACAAGAUGUUGUCUUUUGUGUGUUUGAGUUAUGAUGGAGUCACUCGACAUGUGUUUCGUCCCGUUAGUGUGCCAGUGUUUACUGAUGAUGAAUUGAAGGCCUCUAUGAUGUUUUAUAAACCAAGAGUGAAAAUGCUUGCUCCAACAAAAUUAGAAAUAACUGAACCAAAGAAUGUAGAAACAUCCCUCAAGAAAGAUGUAGCGGUACAAACCAAUGUGAAUAUGAAUGUACCACCUAAAGUGGAUGUAAAAGUCCUGUCCCCGUCAAAUGUGCAAGUACCCUCAGAGGGGAACAUAGAAGACACCUCUGAAGUUAGUAUACAAGUUUUCCCCAAGGUGAACAUUGAGGUACCAACUGAGGUGAACAUAAAAGGGUACUCUAUGUCUCCUAAUAACAAAUUGUCCCCAAUUGCCAGCAUGGAUUUUUCUCCCAGUACAAAUGUGGGAUCAUCCUCCUUAGUGAGAGUGAACAUUUCCCCUAUAGUCAGCAUCGACACCUCAUCAAAUACAAAUAAAGAUCCCUCAUUGGAUUCCAUUAAGGAAUCAAAAAUUAUGGAGGAGCUCCCAGUAAGAAACAUAGGAACAUAUCCUGCGUCAAUGAUGGAAGCAUCCGUGGAGCCAAAUGAUAAAACAACCCCUGAUGUGAAUGGAGACAUGACACUCCAGAAUUCAGAAAUGGACAAACACAACUCAAUACUUACGGCAAAGAAACAACCACAAUCCAAUAUAUCAUGUUGCAGAUGGCUGUCAUCUACAUCAACUGGGUGGCGUCUACCUUCUCCCGUGAAAAAUAUCACUGAAAUUCAAAAGAGCCAACCUCAAUUAGCUUUACCAGGCACAUCAAAAUUACCAACACAGAUUUCUGUGCCCUAUAAAAGAAAAACUCUUCAGGAUAUCCUUUAUGUGCCAAAUGUGGAAGAUGUUGCCAAAAAGAUGAAAGAAAUACUUUCUAAAGUCAAAGAAAAUCAGACUUUAAGCCCAACACACAUGGCCAAUAAAGAAUAUGACAAGAAAAUUAUGCCAAAAGCCAUGAAGUCUACAGAAACAUCUGAAAAGGACAUAUCCAAAGAGGAUGAGCCUGAUAAUGAAGACAGGACAAAAAGUCAUGAGGACUCUUUCAAUGACAUAUUUAUAUCAGAUAUUAAAACUUCAUCUACCAAACGCAAAUCAUGUUCUGCAACUGCUAUGAGACAGCCUCAACAGUUGGUGUUGAUGCAAGCCAAAACUGGGGAGGUUGAUACAGAGAAAAAAAUCUAUUUUAAUGGCAAUGUGAAAGUUGAUAGACAAAAUGGUCCAACAGUAGAAGCUUCCAGGAAAUCUACAGAAAAGAAGUACACCCGCACAAUGAGAAACAGAAAAACAAAGGGAGCCAACAACACCGUCCAAUACACCGAGAGUGAUAGUGCAGUUCAGUGGUGGAGUUCAAGCAGAAUUAGUGACUCGGAUCAAGACAUAAGACCACCUGCUGCUAUCAACACUCCUAAUAAUAGCAGCAAACAUGAAGUGAAGUCUAUUGUGACAUCUCUUCAGGGUCCUGAGGAACCUUCAGACCAGAAGAAACAAAGCAAUCCUACAGCUCCUUUGAGCAAGACCUGUCCACAGCGUUGCUCUAUUCCAAAGCCAUCUGACAUUAAUGCUCUCACUGCUUCCAGAAGUGACUUUGGAAGACAGGAGGAAGGAGAUCAGAAUUAAGUAUACAACUUCAUGGGGCCUGAAAGAUGAUCAAUCCAUUCUCCAUUCUGUGUCAAAAUUCCCUAGCCAAUAACACAAGAAUUUCUGUGUCAUAUUGAUCCUUGCAAAAGAAAUAUGCAUUUAAAAAGGAAAACAAAUAAACACAAGUGAAGGCCAUA